GCAAUAACAAUCAAUUCCCUUCUCUCUCUUCCCCUUUCCUCACACUCUUUUGGCUCCUGCACUCCUAUUCUUGGUCCUCUGUACCGCGCUUUCCCCCAUAUGUGGGCAUACUGAAUCUUUGCCCAUUUUGUGGAUUCUCUAGACAUUUCAAGAAAUUUUAGUUAGACGUCAUGAAAUGCUAAGGCAGUAAGAUACCAUGGAGAAGAAGUGUGGUUGCUGGGCUGCUCUGAGGCUCAGUCUUAGUGGUGCCUGCAAGUCCUCUGAUCCCAAAAACUCUGCUAAUUCCAUCCCAAGGACCAGUCUUGUUUAUGAUGCAGCUACAGAGACAAGAUACCUUAAUGCUAGCAACCGCGAGAUGUGUGCUCCAGAUGAAGCACAAAACUCUUCUAAUAAUCCUCAUCCUGAUCCUCUGCCAACAGAGAAUAAGGCACCUUGCCAGCUGCUUCAGUUUAGCUUCCAAGAGUUGAAAGCCGCAACAGGAAAUUUUAGACCAGAUAGCAUUUUGGGUGAGGGUGGAUUCGGGUAUGUCUUCAAAGGAUGGAUAGAGGAAAAUGGAACAGCUCCAGCCAAACCUGGGUCUGGAACCACUGUUGCAGUCAAGAGCUUGAAGCCAGAUGGACUGCAAGGCCACAGAGAAUGGGUGGCUGAAGUAGACUUCCUUGGACAGCUUCAUCAUGCUAAUCUUGUUAAACUCAUUGGAUAUUGCAUAGAAGAUGAUCAGAGGCUGCUUGUUUAUGAGUUUAUGACACGGGGAAGCCUUGAAAAUCAUCUUUUUAGAAGGACCAUACCUCUCCCAUGGUCCAACAGGAUUAAAAUUGCCCUUGGUGCGGCAAGAGGCUUAGCCUUUCUCCAUGGAGGCCCUGAACCUGUCAUUUAUAGAGAUUUCAAGACAUCUAAUAUUCUGCUUGACUCGGAAUAUAAUGCAAAGCUUUCAGAUUUUGGGCUAGCAAAAGCAGGCCCUCAAGGAGACAAAACACAUGUCUCUACAAGGGUUGUUGGAACAUACGGUUACGCUGCACCAGAGUAUGUAAUGACAGGGCACUUGACUUCAAAGAGUGAUGUUUAUAGCUUUGGUGUUGUGCUCUUGGAGAUUUUGACGGGUCGGAGGUCUAUGGACAAAAAGCGCCCUAGUGGAGAACAAAAUCUUGUGACAUGGGCUCGGCCAUAUUUAGCUGACAAGAGAAAGGUUUACCAACUGGUUGACCCCCGUCUGGAACUUAAUUACUCCCUUAAAGGAGUCCAAAAGGUUUCUCAGCUAGCUUGUAACUGCUUAAGCAGGGAUCCUAAAUCCCGCCCGUCAAUGGAUGAAGUUGUGAAAGUUCUAACCCCACUCCAAGACCUCAAUGAUCUUGCUAUACUAUCUUAUCACUCUCGCUUUUCUCAACCAGGAAGGCGUAGGAAGAAAAAUGAUGGAAUUCACCAACUCAGCUGCAGCCAAUCAAGGAGUAUCAGAGAUUCUCCAUUGAAUUCUGGGAAGCAGCACGGUAAAUAACAGUAGGUCCUGAACUGCCUCAAGUGGAUCAAAGCCUCCAACAAGUUCAUACGAAGGCCGUGGUAGAAUGUUGAUGAGAAUAUGUGUUAUGAGGUUAAUGCAGAAGGGGAGGUGGUUUAUCUUCCUUUUCUUUAGAUGCUCAGGGUUGAUUAGCGUUGAGAUCUAACAGUUUGAUUUGCAGAAUGUCUUCUAGUCCCUGUGUUUUGUAAUUAGAAAAUACCAUUGUCGCCAGAAAACUCUCUUUUCCGGGAUUGUUGUUUGCUGCUUUUUGAGUACUACCUGCUUCAGGUUGUUAACGUUCAUCUUGCAAAUUAAUUAAAUUGAAAUGCAGAGGUCAUUUGUGCUUUUCAUGGAACA